AUGGAAUCCUGUCAGGGUCAUUUCUGGGAGUGUCGGGCACCAUCUCAUUCCCUCCAGAGGUUUGAUACCGAAAGUGGGUACCAGGAACAUCUCCAGGGGAUACAUGACAUCUCACAGGAGGAUGCCGCUAUCAUAAGUGCUGGCGCUUCUCAAUCAACAAGAAAGGCACUUUUUAAGUGUCCCUUCCAAGAUGGGUUUAAUUCCUCGGGCCGUGCCUGGUUUGAUGAUAUCAUCGCAUAUUAUUCCUUACGAAAACAUAUUAAAACUCACCUGGAAGAUAUUGCUCUUUUGGCUCUACAAAAUAUAGUGCCAGUAGCCUAUGAGACCGCCAAGGCCCCUAUUGUUGAUUCAUAUGAUGUAUCCGCUAGUAGCUCCUCAAAGAACGACAUGCUAGAUAUCUUGGAGAGUAAUAGGAACAUCCUGCGGACGUCCACGAAAGGGUCAGAGCCACUGCGCAAUUGGAAACCUCAUCAAGAUAGAGAUGAACUUUCAACCUCCAAAUCUCUUAGGCAAAAGCCACUUAUAAAUGAGUCGGCUAAAAGUAUCAAAAAAAGGGGUAAUUAUACAAGGACCCCAGAAACUCCAAAGAGAAGACGUGUCCCAAGCCCAUUAUCCGCAAAGGAGGGUGAGAUGACGAUAGUUGGCCAAGGCCGAUCCCGUCACCUCUCUAAAAAUGCAAAGAUACGCAGCAAACCUCAACCUCAUGACCUAGCAGUUGCAGAAUCUCGUGGCUUAUAUGGAAACAAAAGGAACGAAAGGCCGCAAGGUAGCAGCGCCACUCUGGACAAACCCAACAAGGAUCCGUUUGAAGAGUUAAUGGAAGCCGAAAAGUCCCAUAUGCCUGUACCAGAGCCACCGCACCAAACCCAAGACGAUUUCAUUACCAGGUCCUCCGAUAUUGGUGGAGGGCAGUCUGGCUCUCAAUCUAUACGAAGUAAGCCUAAAUUCCCUCGUGAGGCCUACACGGUAGGCUGGAUUUGUUCUUUUGGCGUAGAGUAUACCGCUUUGAUUGCACUAGACGAGGAACAUAUGAACCCAGAAGGUAUACCAGACUACGGCAGCAAUGGUUACAAAAUGGGCAGAAUUCAUACCCAUAACGUUGUUAUUGCUCCUUCGGGUUUUGGAGAAUAUGGUAGGUAUGGUGGAGAACAUGAUGUGAUCCCUACAUUGCGUGAUGUAGAAAAUAUGCUGCGAGCCUUCCCAAAUAUCAGUAUUAGGCUGGUGGUGGGCAUCGGCGGUGGUAUGCCUUCUCCGAGACACGACAUUCGACUGGGCGACGUUGUAGUCAGUGAUAUGGCUUCAUACUAUGGCGAGAGUGCACCGAACCCAGAUAUUUACUCCUAUGACAUCUUUUCUGAACCCAAAUCGCUUUUACGAACAGCUCUUGAUAAGAUCCGGGGCAAGUACGCGGCGGAAGGCCCUCAGAUUGAGGAGAAGAUUCGUCCAUUGCUGAGGAGGACUCCAUGGUUCCAACAUCUUCAGCACCGGCCGGGUCCAGCCAGCGACAGGCUCUAUAAAGCGACUGUGCGUCAUCCGAUCGGUGGGCUAAGCUGCGCGGAAGCCUGUGGCGACGAUCCUUCAAAGUUGGUAAACCGGCGCGAGCGAACUAGAAAGGACUAUAAAUCAGCAGUACACUACGGCGAUAUCAUUGUGAUAAAUGAGCCGAUAAAAGAUGCUUUCCUUCGUGAACAGCUUGCAGCAAAAUCCAAUGCCUUGAGUUACAUGAUGGGAGAAGACACUUUGACAGGUAUCCUCCCAUGUGUAGUUAUUCAAGGUAUAUGCGACUAUUCAGACUCUCAUCGAAACGAAAGAUGGCAAGGGUAUGCGGCCAUGGCGGCAGCAGUAUACGCCAGAGACCUAAUUUGCUUGCUUCCCUCUGGCCAAGCGAAGGUGGAGAGGAGGGCUGAUGAAGAAUCUUCCGCAGGUUAG